AUGACAAUGGUUAAAAGUCAAUUUUUAGAUGGACUUAUGCCAGGAGAACCUUUUAUGAGAGAUUAUCCUCCAGACCCAUUCUAUCCGAACGGUGAAGGGAAAAUGUUAAAGACACCAACCGAUUCUUCUGCAAAAUCAGCGGUUAAAUGCUCGGAUCCCCUGCCAGUAGGAACCUAUCCUUUGCCACGUUGUAUCGGUAAUGCAUUCGAGUACAAUUUCGAAGCUUAUGAUGUGGACCAACGAUCGAAACUCCGAUCGAAACGAAGAACAAGUCAUAUGAUCACCUGGUUCGGACAUUACAUUUCAUUUGGUAUCUCCAAAUCGCAAAAUAAUGUCGUCUCGGAUCCGAUAUAUAUACCUGCUGAUGACGCAAAUUACAAUCCACCAAAUUCAAUCCCAGGGGAAUUAUCAGCCAACGGUACAACGUCGAUUCCAUUUAACAUGUCCGAAACAUUUGAUCCGAAUCCAUUAAAUACCGCAC